AUGGGGGCAGCUGCGGCGGAAGCGGAUCGCACUCUCUUCGUGGGCAAUCUUGAAACUAAAGUGACAGAGGAGCUCCUUUUCGAGCUUUUCCACCAGGCUGGGCCAGUAGUAAAAGUUAAAAUCCCAAAAGAUAAGGACGGUAAACCAAAGCAAUUUGCGUUUGUGAAUUUCAAACAUGAAGUUUCUGUUCCCUAUGCAAUGAAUCUGCUUAAUGGAAUCAAACUUUUUGGAAGGCCCAUCAAAAUUCAAUUUAGAUCAGGAAGUAGCCAUGCCUCUCAGGAUGUCCCCGUGUCAUAUUCUCAGCAUCACACUGGGAAUUCAAGCCCGACUCCUAGUCCCACAUCUCCUAGCAGCCGGUACGAAAGGACUAUGGAGAACAUGACUUCAUCAACACAGACAAUUCAGAGAUCUUUCUCUUCUCCAGAAAAUUUUCAGAGACAAGCAGUGAUGAACAACGUUUUAAGACACAUGUCAUAUGGUGGGAAAUUUGGUUCUCCACAGCUGGAUCAACCAGGGUUUUCCCCAACAGUUCCACCCCAUAGUCAUUCCUUUAACCAGUCUUCCAGCUCCCAGUGGCGCUCAGAUGCGCCGCCAUCACAGCGGAAAGGCCGGCAGAAUUCUCAUCCCUAUGUAGCAGAGAGACACUAUAGCCGGGAGCAGUGCUACACGGACCAUAGCUCUGACCACUACCGGGGAAGCAGAGAAGAUUUCUUCUAUGAAGACCGAGCCCACGAUGGCUGGAGCCACGACUACGAUAACAGAAGAGACAAUAGUAGAGAUGGAAAGUGGCGCUCAGCUCGGCACUAA